ACCUUUAACUCUUCAUUGCAUUCAAAGUUUUCACCUUUCUUCUCUCUUUGAAACAUUAAUAACAAGAAAUCCCAAAUCAACAGAUAUAUAUAACUUAUUUUCUCCUGUGAAGAAAAGAACAAAUGGAUGGUAGAGGAGGGUGUUGUAUUGCUAGGUACGCAGGGGGUGCGUACGAUAUGUCAAAGGUGGACAGGAUAAUGCUCAGAUUCAGACCUAUCGCUCCAAAACCAACAGCUGAUGGUUCUGUUUCUGGCGCUUCUACUCCGCCACAAAAAAGUGAGGUUCCUGUUCGUACUGGACGGUGGAAGCGAAAGUACGUUAAAGAUAAUAAUAAAAACACUACUAGUAGUUCUAACAAGAGAUCUUGUAGUGGAAGUCGUAGUCCUACUGGUAGGAAAAGGAAAGCACCGUCGCCUGAAGAAAAUGAGUCCAGUGGCAAAACUGUGUCUGGUGGGACGGAAACUGUCGUGACGCUGCCUUUGUUAUCUGAGACUCCUGAAAGAAAGGGUUCCCCAAGAGAUCAUUCAGUGAAAAAAGCUGAAAAAUCUGCUCCGAUCUGGUUGAGUUUUGGUGGUAACCAAGGGAAUAAUAAUAAUAAUAAUAAUAAUGAUAUUAAUGGUCAGUUUCAGCAAGGUUACGGAGGGGUUGGUAUGUUUCCUCAGCCAUUAAGGGUUGUGGGGUCAUGGGUAAAAGUGGAAAGCGUGACUGACGCGUGGGUGGAAGGGUAUGGGUUAGGACGUACAGAUGAGGAAAAACUGGUAAAUCUUGAACGGGACACCUGUCCAGGGUUUGUAUCAGACAGUCUAAACAGAGUUAGGUGGGCCAACAAGGCGUACAAAGAGAUGGUUGGUGAUGGAGGUGCAGGGGAAGUGGUGGUUUGGUUGGUGAUGAAGGAUGAUAUACAGCUGCCGGAUAACAAAACCACGGCGGCGUUUACGUGUCGAGUGAGGGUGGUGAGAUGUGGGAAGGAGAAGAAUUCAUUGAUUCUGCCGUGUGAUGUGUGGAGAAUGGAUGGUGGAGGAUAUGCAUGGAGGUUGGAUACAAAAGCAGCACUCUCGUUGGGCCGGUAGGUGAAGUAAUAUCAGCUCAAUCUAAAGGGUAAAGAAGUAAAUCUAUGAGACAGCCACUAAUAAUACUGCCACCUUGUACUUGUGUACGUAUAGAGCAUGCACUGCAUGCUUCUCUAUCCAAAGAAAAUUGUGAAUAUCUUUAGAACUUUUUUUUCUUUUCUUUUUUAGGUGGGUCGAUGCGGUUCUAGCUUUUAUUUUGUCUUGUUUUUGCAAGGUGGUUUGGUGGAAGAUUUACUUAUGCUAGCUGUGUGGUUUAUGGAACUGUUGAGGCGACUCUCGUUCUUCGGAGGAGAUGUUGAUUAGGGAUUUGUUCGAGUAGAGCUAGUAGUAUUAAUUUGAAUGGAAGCAAGUGAUCUUGUAACUAAACUGAGCUGG